UUAAUAAUAAUAAAAAAAAAAACCUCCAAAACCCAAAACCCUGAAAACUGGAAACCCUUCGUCAAAGCCUCUCCAUUUCGGCAAAACCAAGCAAAGAGACAAUGAAAUUAAAGAACUGAUUUCAUAGGGAAGAAAAAGGAGUGAUCUUUACUAAUAGAUUAAAUGUUUGCAGCUAGGAAUCUUCAAAAACAUUGCUUGAAGACUCUGUCUUCUCUGCUCCAAUCAAAUCCUCACAGGUAUGUUGUAGCGUUUAAGGAUGCUACUCCAACACUAGCCUCAAGCAAUGUGAUACAAUUAGGUGGUUGUUUUGAAGAUGAUUUUGCAUCAUUUCCUUCUUUUAGUAAUCCCUUCAAUGGAUGGUGUCGGAUGAUGUCAACAUCAAGAGGGAGGAGUAUGCGAAGCAAGGUGGAAAGACGAAUGCAGAAAGAGUCUGGUAAAACGGCUAGGGAAAUCCGGAGAGCAAAGAAACUUAAGAAGAAGCUUAUGACUGAUGAGGAGAGGCUUAUUUACAACCUCAAAAGAGCUAAGAAGAAAGUGGCACUACUAUUACAAAAGCUCAAGAAGUAUGAGCUACCAGAGCUGCCACCUUCUGUGCAUGAUCCUGAGCUACUGACUACUGAGCAGCUUCAGGCAUUUAAAAAGAUUGGAUUCAGAAACAAAAAUUAUGUUCCCGUUGGAGUCCGUGGGGUCUUUGGUGGAGUUGUCCAAAAUAUGCAUCUGCACUGGAAAUUUCAUGAGACCGUGCAAGUUUGUUGUGAUAACUUCCCCAAAGAAAAGAUCAGGGAAAUGGCAACAAUGCUUGCGAGACUGAGUGGUGGAAUUGUCAUUAAUAUUCAUAAUGUAAAAACGAUUAUCAUGUUCCGUGGAAGAAACUAUCGCCAACCAAAAAAUCUGAUUCCCAUCAAUACCCUUACCAAAAGGAAGGCAUUAUUCAAGGCCAGAUUUGAACAAGCUCUUGAAGCUCAGAAGCUAAACAUAAAGAAGAUAGAGCAGGAACUUAGGCGAAAAGGUAUUAACCCUGAGGAUCCAGUUGCAAUGGCCAGUAUUCAGAGAGUCGCCUCAACAUUCUUCAAUGCAAUUGAUGAGAAGGCAGGCAGCCCAUAUGUCUUUCACGAUGACAAUUCACCUGUAGCAGAACCUAAGACUACUUUGGCACAUGCAGAAGCUCCUGCUGAAAGCGACCAGGAGGAGCUAGACAGAUUCAUAGCUGAGAUUGAGGAUGCAGCUGAUCGAGAAUGGGCUGAAGGGGAAGAAGAAGAGAAAGAAGAGAUUGGGAGAAUUAGAUACUGGAAUAGACAAGAGUUUGGAGGAAGCUAUGGGAGAUCAGAUAACCUUAGAAACAAUUACUCUGACAAUGAGGUUAGGGGGUCUAGGUUUUGGAAAGAUACACGUGGAAACAAGAAGACUGCUGAUAGUGAGGAUGAAUAUGAAGAUAAUUUUGAGGGUCGUACUGAAUUGGAUCCUGGUAAUGCUGGUCAUUUGAGUGAGGCUGAUAGUGAUGAUGAUGAUGAUGAUGAUGAUGAUGGUGAUGGUGAUGAUUCUGAUGAAGUUUUUGAGUUCAAGAGAUCUAGCAUGGAAAAGGGAAAGCAAGACAAGACUGGAAGGUGGAACAAGACUGCGGGUUUCAGGAGAAACUCUGCAGGUAGAUAUAGACAACCGAUGGCGGAAGAAGAUUCUGAGUUGGAAAGUAUGUUGAGUGACCUUGACAAUGCAAUGCAAGAAUCUGAUGCUGAGGAAGAUCAUGAUUUCACAGUGUCAAAUCCUAGUCAAAAUUUCAGGAGCAGCAGUGAUGAAGAGGAUGGAUUUUAUUCGACAAAGAGAAAUAAAAAAAAUAGGGUGCAAUAUUAUGAGAGUGACUAUUCUUUCGAAGAUCAUGCUGAACUUGAGAUGUCUAAUACAGCAGAGGGGAAGCUUGAUAGGAAUGCUAGAGGCAGCAAUAGUGUCGGUUUUAAGAGAAAUGUUGAUGCUGACAACAAAAAGAUCGCCAAGGAAGCAGAGGAUGUGUUUAGUGACUAAAUUUGCAACAUUGGGAAUCAGACACUAAGAAAUUCUCGAAUAUGAUGAGCUGGGAUGUAAUACAGACUGCAGGGCAGUGGUGAAGAAGACUGUUACAACUUAAAGAAUGAUGAGGCAGGCAAAUCAUGGAAGGGUGAAGAUGCAAAAAUAGUCGAUGAGACUUGGGACAUUGACUUUCUGGUUAUUUGUCCUUGCCUUUUGAUUCAAGGACAUAAGGUGACUAGCGGAAAGUGGGGAACCCAUUUAUUCUGAUCCGAAACUGGAAUUGAAUUAUAUGAAUGUCAUGAUUGUUAAGAUUAUUUAUAUUGUCUGAUUAAACUCUUCUUGUUACUAUCAAAUACUCGAGUUGAAGUGGAAUUCUUCAAUGGAGCAAACAUCUCCAGUUCUCCUCUAGUGGAUAACUAAAACUUCAUUACAUGUUUCUUCAAUGAUGUUUUAGAGUGCUGUUAUCUGAUUGACUUGAUGAGGAUUAGUAUAAAACAUAGAAUGCAAGUGCGGUACAAGAGUAAUACUUGAAAUCUAGA